AUGGAGGAAGAAUACGAUUACGAAUCUCUUGGUCAAAGCUCCACUAUGGCACAAAACGCAACGGCAGGCGCCUUGGCAGGUAUUGCGGAGCACUGCCUCAUGUAUCCCGUUGACAGUAUCAAGACAAGAAAGCAGGUUCUUCGACCAGCCGUAGUGAUGGCCAAUGGUGCAGUUGCACAAGUAGCGUCACGUUCAGCAGCACACUUGGCAGCCAACAAAGGCUCACUUUGGCGAGGUGUAAACUCGGUAGUUAUGGGAGCAGGACCAGCUCAUGCUCUUCAUUUUGCUACUUAUGAAGUGUGCAAGGAAGCGUUCAGUGCCAACGAUGGUCGCCACCACUUUUUGGCGCCUGCUGCCGCUGGUGCGUGUGCUACCUUGGCACACGAUGUGAUGAUGAAUCCUUUUGAUGUUAUCAAACAGCGUAUGCAGCUGCGUGAAACAUCCUAUCGCACUGUUGGUGAAUGUGCUCGCCGGGUGUAUGCAACCGAAGGUGUUACGGCAUUCUACAUCUCAUUACCCACAACCCUGGUCAUGUCUAUACCUUUCCAGUCCAUCCAAUUUGCCACCUAUGAAUAUUUCCGAAGCGCGUUCAACCCAUCCGGUGUAUACGAUCCCAAAACUCAUAUGGUUGCUGGUGGACUUGCCGGAGCGAUUGCUUCAUCCAUUACAUGUCCACUUGACGUGGUCAAAACUUUACUUCAAACUCGAGGUCAGUCCGUUGAUCCACGCAUCCGAAACGCAGCUGGUCUCUGGGAUGCUGCCGCUAUCAUUCAUGAACGUCAUGGCUACCGAGGCUUCUUUAGAGGAUUUAAGCCUCGUGUGCUCACUCACAUGCCAAGUGCCGCUAUUAGCUGGAGCGUUUACGAGUACUUCAAGUGGUUUCUUUGGAAAAAGGACAACCAGCAACGACAACUCAUGAGCCUGUAA